GCCGGAGCCGGCCCCGGGGUGGGGGCGGGCAGCGUCCUGCGCCGCGCCGAGCAUGCGAGAGCCGGCGAGCCGGGCUGCAGCGGCCGCCGUGGCGGAGCCAUGCUGCUGGCCUCGGCCGUGGUGGUGUGGGAAUGGCUGAACGAGCACGGGCGGUGGCGGCCCUACAGCCCGGCCGUCAGCCACCACAUCGAGGCUGUGGCCCGCGCCGGGCCGCGGGCAGGCGGCAGCGUGGUGCUGGGCCAGGCCGACAGCCGCCUGGCGCCCUACAUCAUCGACCUGCAGUCCAUGCACCAGUUCCGCCAGGACACCGGCACUAUCCGACCUGUCCGGCGCAGCUACUAUGACCCAUCUUCAGCGCCAGGCAAGGGAAUUGUCUGGGAGUGGGAGAAUGACAGUGGGACGUGGACACCCUACGACAUGGAUGUGGGUAUCACCAUCCAGCGUGCCUACGAGAAGCAGCACCCUUGGGUGGACCUGAGUGCCAUUGGCUUCUGCUACGUCAUCGACUUUGCCACCAUGGGCCAGAUCAACCGUCAGACCCAGCGCAAGCGCCGUGUUCGCCGCCGCCUUGACAUGGUCUAUCCUCUGGUCUCAGGCACCCUGCCCAAGUCACAGUCCUGGCCAGCCAGCCCUGGGGUGGCAGCAGCGCCCCCAGUUCCAGCCUGUGCCUGUCCCCAGUGUCUCCUGGUCAUGAGUGUCAAAGCCACUGUGUCAGCCACUGGCCCUGGCACUGCCACCCUGCAGCCCCGCAAAGUCCCCCCUGUGCCACCCGCCACCUCCAAAGCCGCAGUGCCAGCCCCAGGGGCCAAGGCACCCGACAGCGUGGCUGCGGUGCGUGGCUCACUGAAGCCGUUGGCAGCCCAAGGCAGUCGACAGCAGGCAGCCAGCGCGCCGGCCUUGAGCUCAGCCAGUGCCACCACCAGCCCCCCCAGUGCAGGCAGCAGCAAAGCUUCCCGCCCUGGCCUUGGCACCCUGAACCGCAGCCACCUCCAGCGCCUGGCCAUCGCCCAGUCCCGUGUCCUCAUUGCCUCUGGGGUUCCCACCGUCCCCGUGAAGAACCUCACAGGCUCUAGCCCCGUCAACCCAGCAUUGGCAGGGAUCACAGGGAUCCUAAUGAGUGCAGCCGGGCUGCCCGUCUGCCUGACACGGCCCCCCAAGCUGGUGCUGCACCCCCCUCCUGUCAGCAAGAGCGAGAUCCAGUCCAUCCCUGGCAUCUCCCACUCCUGCCGCAAGACCACCAAGAAACAGGCCAAGAAGGGUAAAACUCCAGAGGAAGUACUGAAAAAAUACCUGCAGAAGGUGCGGCAUCCGCCGGAUGAGGACUGCACCAUCUGCAUGGAGCGCCUUUCUGCACCCUCUGGCUACAAGGGACCCCAGAUGGCCAUCAAGCCGGACCUGGUGGGGAAGCUGGUGAAAUGUGGCCAUGUCUUCCACCUCCACUGCCUGGUCGCCAUGUACAACAAUGGCAACAAGGAUGGAAGCCUGCAGUGUCCCACCUGCAAAACCAUCUAUGGGGUGAAGACGGGGACACAGCCCCCAGGGAAGAUGGAGUAUCACAUUAUCCCUCAUGCGCUGCCCGGCCAUUCUGACUGCAAAACCAUCCGCAUCAUCUACAACAUUCCCCCAGGGGUACAGGGACCGGAGCACCCAAACCCAGGGAAGAGCUUCACUGCCCGUGGCUUCCCGCGGCACUGCUACCUGCCAGACAGCGAGAAGGGCAGGAAGGUACUGAAGUUGCUGCUGGUAGCCUGGGACCGGCGCUUGAUCUUUGCCAUUGGGACCUCCAGCACCACAGGCGAGUCAGACACGGUAAUCUGGAAUGAGAUCCACCACAAGACAGAGUUUGGCUCCAACCUCACUGGCCAUGGCUACCCCGACAUCAACUACCUGGACAAUGUCCUGGCUGAGCUUGCUGCCCAGGGCAUCACAGAGGAGAGCCUGGCACAGGAGAAGGACUGAGACCGCAGCAGUGAGGGAAGGGAAGGGGCAUCUGUGCCAGUCCUGAGGUUAAAGCUGCUGGAGAAGCCCACCUGGGUGCUUUGCAGGGAGCACCCAGAACCCCUGCUCCUGGUGGCACCCACCCAGUGGGAGCAUCUGUAGAGUGGCUGGGAAUCUGAGAGAAGGUCCUUUUGGGCACCCCUUUGCUCCUGUGGGAAAGCCUUGCCCCACAGAGCUGCAGGGCUUCACACUGGCCCUGCCAUCCCCUCUGGCCGAUGUCUUGUCCCCACUGCUGCUGACAUCCAUCUGGGGUUGGGACCUGGCCUGGGGUGGGAGCGGGGCCAUGGGAGUCCCCCUUGCUCUGCCUCUUCCCUCAGCCAUCUGUUUGUUCAUUUGUCCUGUUCGGUACCUCCCUGCUGGUCUCCUGUGUCCAUGGAGGUUGGGGGCCCUGGUCUGCUCUGGCUGGACCCUAGUCUUGUGCACUCUUCUCCUCUUGGCUGUGUCUGAACUGUGCCCUGCAGGGUUCCCUUGUCGGGGCUGCCCCUGUCCUGUGCCAGGGAGGGAAAGGGGGGGGGGGGGCACAUGUUUUCUGGCCCAUCUUCUGCCCUCCCUUUAGUGGGUUCCUUGAACUGUUUGUAUGGGGAAAUCCCCGUGGUGAAUUUUUAUAUACCUCGUGUUUGGGGGUUUUUGUGUAUACGUACAUAUAGGUGGUGGCAUUCUGUGAGGUUGCCUGGGGGGAGAAUGUGAUGCUGUGGCCAGUCUUGGUGGCACUUGGAGUGGUGAGGGGACAGGGGCAGCACUGCUCCCCUACUGUGGAGACCCCCCCACCCCAAAAGGGUCUGUGCCCCAUGGUGGGGCUGUCACCUGUGGGUCCAAAUGGGGCCAGGUGCAGAUGGGAAUCAUUCCCCUUCCUGCUGGGUCCCAGCACCAUCCCCAGAGACCCCUGAGGGGGGAGGCAGCCAACAGCUAAUUGUUUCGGGCUGGGGCCAGGGGGGUUGGCAUGGGAGGACAUUAUGGGUGAUGGGGGUUUGCAUGGGCAUCUUGGGGUUCCUGCCAGGCCCUGGGCACUUCAUGGGGCCUCUCAGAACCACCUGUGAGAGAGUGUUGGGGAGGUGCCCGCAGUUCUGGGGGUCCUGUGGGGCACUCCCUAUCGAUGGGGUUGACUGUUCAUGUCCCUGUCCUGCAAGGCCCUGGCUUUUGAAGAGUGGGACCCUGGGGUUGGAGAGUGGCAGCCCCUACUACUGGCCAUGCUGACUCCAGUCCUGCACUGCUGCUCCCAGGGCUGUGGGGCUUCCUUGCCCAUUUUGUUGCAUUCCCCUCCUGGUUUUCGUGGGGGGUCACCUCUCCCCCCCCCCCCCCCGGGGACAAGGCGGGGGUGGGGGGGACACGUCCUGCUGUGCAUCGUUCUGUUGUCUUGGCUGUUUUAACUCUCCCCUGCCUGGGGGUGCGUUGGCCCCUGCUGGCUGCCCCACGGAGUGAGGGCUGGGGGUCAAUAAAGCAGAUGGCGGGGAUGCUCGCUGUCCCUGCACGGCCUGACC